UGUUAUAUUUCUUUUUUCUCAAUAAAUACUCCCAUAUUAAUUUUCACAUAUAAUUUUGAAUAUUGCAUUAAUAGUUCUUAAUUUCAUAGGGAGUGAUUACGAGCAAAAUCCAGUGAUAAACAUGUAUGAAAAUGUCAUCAGCUGAUUAACCUUGCAGGCUAAGUAAAUAUUAGAGUCCAAAAAUAAGUGUCUGGUUAUUAAUAAACAACACAGUUCUCUCUUCUCGAUUAUGAUGAAAAUACAGAUUUAUAAAGCUUUUGGGGUUUGUUUGCAGUGUGUGUGCACAUAAGCAUAUGUGGAAGCAUGUGCAGGCGUGUGCAUAUGCAGGCGUGUGCAUGUGCACAGAUGCCAGAAGCUCAGGGCAGGUGUUUUCUCCCAACACUUCCCACUUUGUAUUUUAAGGCAGGGUGUCUCCUGCUGAAUCUGGAGCUCACAAUCCAGCUAGUUAGGCCAGGCAUCUGACUCUGGAAUCUGGAACUCUGGCUCCCACAGGCUCAGCUUGGUAUUGGCGCUGGGGAUCCAAGCCCUGGUGCUCAUGCUUGUUGGGCAAACACUUCAGCCACCGCACCAGUCACCAGACCGCAAUAUUUUUGAUUUCUUAUACUUGUUAUUUCCGGAAGGAUGCUCAGGGAAACCCGAUGGCCUUCCACUUGAGAUGUUCCCACCCUCUUCAAUGCUAUCAGAAUUGAAGUGUUGACUGCUGAGAUAGUUUUCAAAACCCCUGAUAUCAAAACAAAACAAGGCACUAGGGUUUACUAUGUCUGAUACACCUCCCAAGCUGCCUUCUUCCUCAGCCACAUUCUUCCUCUUUUUCAGACACUAGUUUUCCCUUUGGAUGGUCAAACACAAUUUUGGUAGACUUUUCAUAGCAACUUUCCCGGUUUGAAGUGACAAAACCCUUUGUGGGUAUCCACAGAUAUCUGACACGGGUCAGCUGUCUACCCAAGAGAGUAGAAAGAAUUACAUUGGGUCUGACGCAUUUACACACGUGAAUGUGUGUUCCCUGAGAGGGUAACACUAAUCCAGUUGUCUGUGUCUCUUGCAGGCUGCCCUGGACACCGUCCUCCUGCCUCAGCCGAGCACUGCCUCCAGGGGGCGCCGCUGAGCGAGAAGGCGAACAGAGAGGAGCCAAGCUGCACUGUGCCAUGCACCUCUCCCACUUCUCCCUAGCCCUGCCUUGGAGGCAGCACAGCAAACAGGCCAGAAGAUCUAUGCGCUGGCGCACAAGAAAAGUGUCAGCGCGACUGGAGAGCAUUUCUUCCCGCCAAGCCCUGAGAGCGGAACUCACCUCCAGCCCCGGAAGAUCGUCCUCCUCAAACAAGCCCGCCACUUCCUGAAGCCUCCAAUUCCCCUGCAGGAGUCAGCUAAUGAAGGGACAGGCCAGAUCUGCUCCCUAGAGCCUCAUCAGCCCCUGGUACGUUCUCCUGGGUGUCGUUGGAGGCUGAGGCCAUCCUGGGCACUCUUGCAACUGUGGUACCAGACUGAGGCUUUCCAGUUGCUGGGAAAAGGAUCUGCUGAUACUUGUGCCUGGAAACACAGAAGUGUUCAGUGUCAGGACCCUGAAGAGGAAACAAAGACCUAAGAACAACAUAGUUUCCCAGCGUACCCCAAUAUCCAAGGGCUCAGGGAAGCUGUGCAAGAAGGUCUCGCUGUCCCUGUGAUCACUGAUAUUUGAGAGCUAGAGGUCUCCCAUGGCUCCUUAUCACAUCCGCCAGUACCAGGAGAGGGACCACAAAAGGGCCCUGGAAUUAUUCUCCAGGGGCAUGAAAGAACAUUCCUCUGCUUCUUUCCGCCGUAUGUUAACACUGCCCCAGACUCUCCUGACCUUACUUGGGAUGCUCGUGACCAUAGUGCUGGUUCAUGGCUCCUGGCUCCUGGCCACAGUGUGCUGCCUCCUUGUACUUCUUUGCCUGAGGCUCUUUGACUGGCAUUCUUGGAGAAAGUAUGUGUCUACGUGUUUGCAAGCAGACAUGGCUGACAUCACUAAGUCGUACCUGAAUGCACGUGGCUCCUUCUGGGUGGCUGAGUCUGGGGACCAGGUGGUGGGCAUCGUGGGUUGUCUGCCAGUUAAGGAUCCCCCACUAGGAAGGAAGCAGCUGCAGCUCUUUCGCCUGUCUGUGUCCUCACAGCAUCGAGGACAGGGGAUUGCGAAAGCACUGGUCAGAACAGUCCUCCAGUUUGCACGGGACCAGGGCUACAGUGACGUUGUCCUUGAGACCAGCAUUGUGCAGUAUAGUGCUUUGGCUCUCUACCAGGCCAUGGGCUUCCGGAAGACAGAUGAGUACUUUGUUAGCAUAUUCACAAGGUUAAUGUCUUUUUCUAUUGUUCGUUUUACUUACUCUCUCCCUUUUGAUUGGGAACCACAGAUGUGAUCCUUUUCCUUUGUCUGUGUGUGAGACUUCAGCUCACUCUGCUGCAGGAACCAGCAAACCCUGGUAGUUUACAGCUGCCAAUCACACGAGCUCGUUUUUCAUUCCUCUCAGAUCCAGUCUUGCUGGAAGUCUGAGUUGUAGAUUUUGGCUACCUGUUCCUUUCUGUCCUUUGAAGUGUCACCUUUUCCUCUCUGGUGCCGUGAUGAUAUAGCACAGAAGCCAACCUGAGCCCAUACUGCACACAUUUCAUGUGUGAAACAUUAGCUCUCAGUUUCAGCUGGGUGGUGUCAAGUUCCAGCAGCCCAGUCAGGAUUUAGCAUCUGCAGAGAGGCGAAACUGAACCCAGAGGGAGCAGAGUAUAUCCUGGGACACUGAACUUGUCACUUAGGGAGAAAUCUAAGACCUACAUAGAAGUGGAGCCUCCUCCAGAGGUGUGGCACAGUCAAGGGUCGGGGUGGCAGGUGCUCUGUGACAACUGGGGCAGCGAAGCACUUAAUUUACUGCUAUGCCACCUUUGUGCCCCGGGGAGGAGGGGGACCUCUGGUGCAGAGAGAGCAAUCUAGAAUGGCCUCUCCUGGGUGUAGUGAUCCCUUAUGGAUGCAGGAGGAGGGUAAGGAGUCAGGAAGUGUCAUGAAUAUGUCCCCCUAGAGAAGAAUCCCAGAACCAAGUGGCCCGUGGUUGAGUUGGACAGCAGUGGGCCUCCAGUGAUCCUGGUUAUCCUCUGUAAAAAGAUUUCAGAAGCCCAGCCCUAAGUGUGUUACAGAGAAGAGAACCCCUGGGAUGACAGCUAAGAACAAAGGCGCUCUCACAAUAGUGAGGAUGCUGGGUGACGGUGCCUCCCUGAACUGUUGUAAGGAGAAGCCCUGAGGUCCAACAUAAAUGCUGUUGCCUCUGCCUUUGGUCGAAUGCCUGACUUAGGGGCUCAUUCCUGAAGACAUCACAUGCCUUGGUCUCAGCCUUAAAGGAGUCCACCAGGGAGUGAGCUGAGGGUCUCUGCUGACUGAAUUUCUAGUGCCAAGAGACAAGGCAGGCUCUUGAGGGGGAACUGACAGACAGUCUAGCUUGGUUCUGGAACCCAGGUGCUGUACUGUUACAUGCCAGGAAGAUGUACACAGUGGGGCAAUACUGCCAUUAGUGUGCAGACAGCUGCUUUCUGAUGAACGUAAGGCCUAUUCCCCAGGGCAGACUCCUACUGAGUACUCUAAGCCAAGAUAAAGUCCUGUGGCUGUGGAGGUCAUAGGUUCAGUAAGGAGACUUCCGCUGUUUUUGUUUUUUAUUAGUCAAGUAUAAUGGGUCAACUUGCCUUCCAAGCAUUUGUGUUUAUGCCCAUAGAUGGCUGCUGUGCCAGCCUCAGUAUGAAAGGAGACUUCUCACAGAGGGUUGUGGUUAUAUCAGAAACUCAUAAUUGUCAAACUGCUGAAAAUAAGUUCCUUUGAUAUAGCCCAGUACUGUGUCAGAUAUGGCAAAACAUAAUGUAUAUACCAUCUUUUCAAGGUUUAGGAGCGCUCUGGGUGUGAGCGCGUAAACAUUUAAGAUCUUAAGUGGGUAGAGUGUUUGGUCUGCAUUGGAACAUCCUCCAGUGGAAGGCUGACAGAGACGCGACAGACUCAGGAAAUGGCUCUUGUGAAUUCUCCCUAAAGUCACCUAGGCAAUAAACAUUUCCUAACAGAGAGAAGACUCUUAGGAACCCCAAUGUUGCAGAUUUUGUGUCUUGUUACCCAUGCAAUGGUGGACUUUCAAUUACUACAGCUGCCUGGCUCCCCCAUGCUCCUGUAAAUCAUCCCUCACCCAUGUUCCUGCAAGUACCUCCAAUAAACUGGUUCAUCAAACUUA